AUGGAAGAAGACCCAGCAAGAUCAGAUGCUGAAUUUGAUGAUUAUAGUGUUGAAUUCCUCCAGGGCAUAGUCGACGAGAACACUAAGGCUGUAGAGGAUUUGGAAUUCGAAAAUUUCAUGCUGGACCGUUACAUAAAGCGAUUUAACAUAAAACUAGACCUUCAUGAAGACCAGGUCGCAUCUGGAGUUGUCCGUUCGAGUCGCAAUAGAUCAAGGAUCAGAAAUGUCGUCCCAGAUAGAGCUUUGCGAUUGAACCCGGAACAGAAAUGCACAAUCGCCAAAGCUGAAAUAGAGAAUUUCAGUCAAGAAUUAAUAACAUUUAAACGAAACGCCGAUACCACCUUGGAUGACUAUCGAGCCCUAUGUGAUGAAGCAGAGCUGGAACUCAAACAAAUUGAGCAACUCAAAUACAACUACCAAAAAUUUACAAGAAAAAAAAGCUAUCAACCUCAAAACUUGGUGAUAACGGCUGAAAAAAUAACUCGAUUUAUGGAAGAAGUUUUGAGAUCCCAGGAUACAUUAGUAGACAAAUAUCGUCUAAAUAACUCAACACUUCGCUUUCAACGCAGAAAGCUCCUCUCUCAACAGAAACAGAAGGAGGAAAUGGGCGAAGUUUUACACGAGGUUGAUUUUGAACAGCUGAAGAUCGAAAACGCCCAAUUUCUGGAGAUAAUCGAUGGGAAGAAUCAGGAGUUACUACGACUCAAACUCACGGCCGGUAGAGUUACACAGGCCUCAAAUGCCUUAAAGCGCAAACUAGCUCAACUGAACCAGGACUCAAUAAUGCUGCAAAAUGAGAUUAAAAAUCGUGAAGAGAUAGUUGCAAAGACAACAUUGGAGACAACAAAGGUGAUUAGGGAGAAACAGAAAAUUGAAGCACAAAUAACUCAUCUGAACCAGUUGAUGGAGGACUACCGUGUGCCACCCGUCAUGGAUUACGUGAAUAGCGUGCGCGAAAUACGACUGCUUAAACGAAAGGCGAAAGUUCAGAGCAGGAAACUGGAUAUUGCAAAGGCAAGUUUCAUUUACAAAGUCUGGUUUAAAAAUUACCUUUCAAAAGGACUGAUUUUUGGUUGA